AUGAAUAAAGCUUACGAUAGGGUGGAAUGGGAUUUCCUACAAGCUGCUCUUAUAAGAUUUGGGUUCAAGAGAAGUUGGGUGAAACUCAUUAUGGCCUGUGUCACAACCGUAUCUUUUUCAAUAGUCCUAAACGGAAAUCUCGGCAAAUUUUUUCAUCCUAGCAGAGGCCUUAGACAGGGAGACCCCCUAUCCCCCUACCUCUUCCUCAUUGUUAGUGAAGUUCUAUCCCUUCGUUUGACUAAAGUAGUCAAUGAUGGCUUUUUAAGGGGGAUCAAACUGAGCCGAAGCUGCCCAACAUUAUCUCAUCUCUUCUUUGCAGAUGAUGCACUCUUUUUCCUAAAGGCUACACUAUUGAACUGUUGGCAUCUCAACAAGAUCUUCCUUGAGUACUGCAAUGCCUCAGGUCAACUGAUAAACAAGGCAAAGUCUAGCAUCUACUUCACCCCAAACACAUCCCCUCAAAUGGCUUUACUAAUGUGUGAACUACUUGAUUUUAUUGAAGUAGACAACCCGGGAACUUACCUGGGAUUACCUACUAUCUGGGGUAAAUCUAAAAAGGAAGCACUGGUCUAUAUCAAGGAACGUGUUGACAGGAAGCUAGAGGGUUAG